CGGAUCACUGCGCUUAAAAAAGUAGUUCACAGGGAUUUCUGAUAACUGAUUUUUAGCAACCCUCCAAUAACAGCUUUAUUAGAUUAAUUCUGAACAAAUUAACUUUUAUAAAUAGCUACACCUUGUGUAAACUGAAGAAGUAUUUGGUUAAAGUCAAAAAAGAAAAUAUACAAGCGUAUUAAUUUCCUCAGUGAAAAGUCCUAUGACUUAAUUGCUCUCUACAUCGUGGCAGCACCUGUGGUGAGGUUUUUGUCGUUGAGAAGAAGAGUUUUAAAGAAAUUUUCUUCACAACUGCCUCAUUUGAGACUGGAAAAUGACUGGCCGGGCACGAGCUAGAUCAAGAGGCAGAGCACGUGGUCAAGAGACCGCUGCACCUGGAGCGAGCAAGGUUCGAGAGCCUGCACCAGUGGCACCUCCACCUACUGAGUCAGAGUUGGUUGGAAGAGGGAGGCAGAAAGUUGCUCCCAGACCCUUUCCAGCAGAAGCUGAACUACAGAUUUCAGCUGGAUUUCAGCAGGUGAAGCUGGGAGAAAGAGGUGGACGCCGCCGAGAUUUUCACGAUGCAGGGAUUAACACCAGGCAGGCUAUGGAGCAUGUUAAAGAAUCAAAGUCUGGAACAUCUGGUUCUGCUAUUCAGUUGAGGGCAAACUACUUCCGCAUCCUGUCCCGCCCUCAGUGGGUGCUGUAUCAGUACCAUGUGGACUUCAAACCACCAAUGGAGGCUCGUCGCCUGAGAUCUGCCCUCCUCUUUCAGCAUGAGGAAACACUUGGCUCAGCAUGGAGUUUUGAUGGGGCUGUGCUUUUUUUGCCUCACAGGUUGCACAGCAAGGAGACUGUCCUCCACAGCGAGACCAGGCAUGGAGAAAAGGUUCAGAUAACCGUCACCCUAACAAAUGAACUGCCACCCACAUCACCAGCGUGCCUUCAGUUUUACAACAUCAUAUUCAGAAGGAUCUUGAGAAUUCUCAACAUGCAGCAGAUUGGACGCAACUACUACAACCCCAAGGAUCCACUCAACAUCCCACAGCACAAACUGACCAUCUGGCCAGGUUAUACCACCACCAUUUUGCAGUACGAGUCCGCCAUUAUGCUGUGUACUGACGUGAGCCACAAGGUCCUGCGUAGUGAGACAGUCCUUGACUUCAUGGCCAGCUUGAGACCGAAGGUUGGAGAGCAUCGCUUCCCUGAGAUCUGCACCAAGGAGCUUGUUGGACUGAUUGUCCUCACCAAGUACAACAACAAAACCUACAGGGUUGACGAUAUCGCGUGGGAUCACACUCCCAAGAACACAUUCACCAGGGGAGACAAAGACAUUUCCUUCAGGGACUACUACAAGACUCAAUAUAGCUUGGAUAUCAGUGAUUUGAACCAGCCACUGCUGAUCAGCCACGUGAAGAAGGUGGGUCCUGUUGGAGGUCCUCCUCCUGGCCCAGCCAUGCUCAUCCCAGAGCUGUGCUACCUUACAGGCUUGACUGACAAGAUGCGAGCUGACUUCAACAUCAUGAAGGACUUGAGCAGCCACACCAGAUUGAGCCCAGAGCAGAGGGAGGGACGCCUCACCAGAUUUGUCACCAACAUACAGAAGGAUAGUGAUGCACAGGCAGAGUUGGAUAAGUGGGGACUCAACUUUGAUAAGCAGCUCCUAAGUCUGACAGGCAGAGUCCUCCCAGCUGAGAGGAUUUUCCAGGGACCAAAAUCGUAUGAGUACGACCCCUGGGCAGCUGAUUGGGCCAAGGAGAUGCGUGGAGUGCCAGUGAUCAGCUCUCCUCAGCUGAACAGCUGGCUCAUCUUUUACACCCAUCGUAAUGCCAAUGAAGCCCAGUCCCUCCUGCAGACCCUCAGCAAAGUCUGUGGUCCACUCGGUAUCCGCAUUCAAAGAGCGGUCAUGAUCCAGUAUGAGGACCAUCAGGAGUCUCUCCUCAGAGCCCUGCAGCAAAAUGUUGGAAAACAAACACAGAUGGUGGUGGUGGUCCUCCCCAGUAACCGGAAGGACAAGUACGACACCGUCAAGAAGUUCCUUUGUGUGGAAUGCCCCACUCCCAGCCAGUGUGUGGUUUCCCGUACCCUCAGCCGACCUCAGGCUCUAAUGACUGUGGCUACCAAGAUCGCUCUGCAGAUGGCCUGCAAGAUGGGAGGAGAGCUGUGGAGUGUGGAAGUCCCUCUCAAACAGCUAAUGAUUGUGGGCAUUGACUGCUACCACGACACUCUUGCUGGGAAGAGGUCCAUUGGAGCUCUAGUGGCCAGCCUCAACCAGACCAUGAGCAGGUGGUUCUCAAUGUGUGUGCUGCAGCACAGAGGCCAGGAAAUAAUGGAUGGACUGAAGAAAGCCCUAAGUGCUGCACUGAAAGAAUAUCUGAAGUUCAACAACUGCCUGCCAUCACGCAUCAUUGUGUACCGAGAUGGAGUGGGAGAUGGCCAGCUGCACAGCGUGGUCAACUAUGAGGUUUCACAGAUCAUGGACUCAAUCAAGUCCAUGGGGCAAGACUACAUGCCCAAGCUGAGUGUGGUGGUGGUAAAGAAGCGCAUCAUCUCCAGGUUCUUCGCCCUCAGCCAUGGCAAGGUGACCAACCCUCCCCCAGGCACCGUCGUUGACACUGAUGUCACUCGCCCAGAGUGGUAUGACUUCUACAUCGUGAGCCAGGCUGUCCGCAGUGGAAGCCUUUCCCCGACCCACUAUAACGUUGUGUACGACACCAGUGGACUGAAGCCUGAUCACAUGCAGCGGCUCACCUACAAGCUGUGCCACAUGUACUACAACUGGCAGGGGAUCAUCCGAGUGCCUGCUCCCUGCCAGUACGCCCACAAGUUGGCUUUCCUUGUGGGUCAGAGCAUCCACAGGGAGCCCAAUAUUCAACUGAACAACCUGCUCUUCUACCUGUAAGGAUAGAAAGACAAGCAAUUUGUUUGGCUCUGACUCUGUUAAGUUUCCUUGUAAAGAACUAGUUGUAAACUUUUAUUUUCUUCAGUUGAAAUUUUAAGUUUAGCCAAAGCUGAGUUUGUUUGCAUCUCUAGCGUCAGAUAGCCAUGUGUAUUGAGUUACGCAGUUCAAGAGGCUCGUAUUACAUGUUUUAAGUCUAAUGAUUGAAGACUCAUUCAGACGUCAAAUGCUAGCAUAUUUGCUAAAAUGAGUAGAAAUGCAUGAUGCCCCCUGUUAAAAAUGCACUUGAGUUUUGCACAGUAAAGUAAAAUGUCACAAGUAACUUGGAUGUGAGACUUAAUCCAAGCUGAUAAUGUCAUCAUUGUUUUCACUUCAAACUUGCAACCAACUUAAGUUGAAUA